CACUUGAAUUUACAAGUAAUUUUGAUGAUUUUUUUUCUAGGUGCGUUGGUACUUAAAAAACGUGCUUUUUCAAUAAUUAAUGUACUAUACAGUUCUGCAUACACGGAUGUCAGCUUUUAGAACGUAAGUUUGAAGAGAUGUGCAUGGAUGCGUACAGAUCGACCUGUUAUAAAUCGCGAUCAAUGUCUACCUACCUUUAAUGUUUACACCGGCGGCUUGAGGGAAGGAACGUAAAGAAAGAACACAAUACCAGUAAAUUUAACUGACCUGUGUCUAAAUUAAGACAACCCGCGAUAACUUCCUCGUUCGGAGAGAGAGAGAGCAAUGUUGUGGUCGGUUGUUGUCGUGGUUAUUUGCGCUAUUGCCCAGCCGGUGGAGCCGAUGGAAUGGUCCUCGGUGACCGCCGGGGCCACUACCCCGUCAGCGCGGAGGGACAUGGCGUUAGGGUACUUCCAGACCCAGAAUAAGCUGGUAGUUUUUGGAGGGAGAGGUGGACCCAUUACAGACGAUACCUGGGAAUUCGAUAUCGGUACAGGGACUUGGUCAGACGUCAGUGCGGCGACCAGGCCAGGUGCCCGCUUCAGUAUGGUGUACGGGGUGGUGGGGAACUUCCUGUACAUUACAACGGGUGAGGGACCAAACAAGGUCUUCUACAACGAUGUGUGGAGAUUCGACAUCACCUCAUCAGCCUGGAGUCAAGUUUCAACAACAGGAACCCCACCAAGCACUCGAUACGGAGUGGCAGGGGGCGUGUUCUCAGGUUCAAAUCUACUUUACGUCAGUUUGGGGUUUGCUGGAGAACGCUUCUUUGAUACCUUCAUAUUGGAUACUUCAACCAACACAUGGUCCACGAGGUUCUGUGAUGGGUUUUGUCAUUCCUACUCCCCAAACUAUCCUCAUGGACGAUGCCUUCAUAGCGGUGCAGUCAUCGAUUCCAACAGGCUGGUCAUCUAUGGUGGAUGUUUAAGUGGUGGUCAAACUGGUGGAGCUUGUCCAUCUGGAGAUUCCUGGAUAUUCAAAAACUCUGACCAAGAGUGGACAGAACUGCCGAGCUGUGCAAGCCCAAGGACGUACAGCAGUAUGGCCUUGCUACCAGAAGUGAACGGACAGAAGCGAGUUGUUUUGUAUGGAGGGAUUGAGAAAACCAGACAAGUUAUUCAGACAACAGAAGCCCCUGCAGACACGGUGGUGGUACUGGACCCCGAUUCCAUGACGUGGACCCCCAGGAAAACCUCAGCAAGCAGUUCAUUUCCUGCCAAGAGAGCAUCAGCUGCCAUGGCUUCCUCCACCACAGGGGUGUACUUAUUUGGAGGACUAAACACCGAAACGAGUGCUUUGCUGAAUGACAUUUGGUUUUUGGCGGGGAACUCCACAUCAGCAGAUCAAGCAGAGAAGAGUGAAUGUGUGUCCAUAUUCACCAACUUCCUGAUGGUGCACGGAAUCCUGAUGUUCCUGGGGUGGGGCGUAUGUCUGGUGUGGGGGACAUUCAUCGCAAGAUACUUCAGCUCCUCGGGAACCACAUGGUUUCUACUUCACAGAAUAUUACAGGUCUCUGGUUUGGUUCUCAGUAUCAUUGGUCUCGUCAUGGGGAUAGUUUCUGUCCAGUUUGACCACUUCAAAUUUGCGCAUGGUGCUAUUGGAAUCGUUGUCAUGUUGCUAGGCAUCAGCCAGCCUUUCAAUGCUCUAAUUCGUCCACACAGACCAGCGGAAGGGGAGAAAACUCAGCUAAAGCGGCGGAUCUGGGAGUUGUUCCACCACAACAUUGGGCGUAUAGCUGUGGUCUUGGGAUUAAUCAACAUUUCCCUGGGAGUCUUUCUCGCCCUCUCCCACACGGCAAUCUGGAUACUGUGGUUCAUCUAUUUCAUCGUUAUCAUUCUUGUUUUUGCGUUUUUUGAAAUUCUUAAAAUUAAAGUUGUUCGUGAAAAACUUUCAUCUAUCUUACCGCUGGAGAAACAGGCCGAGCCGGCAUCAAAUGAGCAGAAGAUGGAGAAGCUUGACAAUACAGAUGACGGAAAGAAUGGCGGAAUUUAAUUGUAUGUGGUAGUGUAAAAUAUUUACUCAACUGUUUUUGUAUAUAAAAGUUGUAUGUACCCACUGUAGACAACAUGAUGCAGGCAUCAUUUUUUGUAUAUGAAAAUUUCAAUGUACAUUUAUUUAUUAUUUUAUAUACUGUAUAUGAUACGGUACAUAGCUUUGUAUGUUGACCGAUGCUGGACAUCAGUGAAAGCCAACCGUCCAUUUCCUGCUGUAACUUAGUGCUGAAUGAGGUGGACAUUGACCUUGUAAAAUGCACUUGAGAUUUCAUUUCAAAACAACAACUGUACACAAUGUGGCAUUUUAUUUCAAACAAUAAAUAUUGAUAACAAGCUUAA